AUGGUGGACGCCCCGGCCCUGCCGGAGCCGGGAAUUCUUACGAGGUCGGACGUGGAAGCCGCCGUCUGCGGCAGCCCUGGCAACCCUCCGCCGGACUGCGUGAUCCUGGUGCUCCGCUGCGGCGGACCAUCGAAGGAAAGUCGCGUGGCGGUCAAAAAGCUGGCCGACAUCGCUACCGUGGUCCGUGAAAGAGGCCUGCAAUUUGUGGUCGUGCUAACCCACAAGAAGCACAUAAAGAGUAAGAGGCAAGCCGAGGAACUCCGGCGGGAGAUCGCCCUCCGAGCCCGAACAGACUGCGUCUACUUCAUCGAAAACUACACCGCCGGCAACAUGCUCCAUCUCCUGCGUCCCUGGACGUCAAAGAACAACUUCGAGACGCAUUUCACGGUGCUAACGAUGAUGAGGCAGUGCAUCGAGUUCACCAAGUUGCACCGCAGCAAUUUGGCGCGGAAAGCCAAUGACAACGCCAACAGCAGUAGGCUACUAUAGGGAACAUGGAAACUUAUGUUCUAUCAGAAGGUUAUCCCAAUGCAUUCGUUCUCCUG